CCUAUCCACAGCAUGAAUUCCUUCCCCCACUCUUUCAUCUCUUCCUAGAUCUAACAUACGCAUCAAGAUACAGGCGUAUAUUAUCAAGAUCGAAUCCGAUCAAGGCAUUCACGUAGCCAAUUCAGUAGUCAAUGGGUUCUAGGAUGCUAUCUUACUCAGGGGGUGAUGACUCCCAUUUUCUUGAAGCCUGUUCUCUUUGCUCAAAGUCAUUAGGUCAUAACAGUGACAUAUUCAUGUACAGGGGUGACAAUCCAUUUUGCAGCCAAGAGUGUAGGCAAGAACAAAUUGAGAUUGAUGAUGCAAAAGAGAAGAAAUGGAGGGUGUCAUUAAAGAAAUCAAUGGAAACAAAAAAGAAAUCACCCAAAUCUAAUGUGCAAACAGGAACUCUUCUUGUGGCAUAAGAAAUAAUAAGAAAUCAUCAAAUUUCCAUAGAUAUAUUUGUAUGAAAUCCCUUUUGAAAUCAAGAAAUUAUGAUGGAGGGGAUGCAAAGGAAUUUGGGUUUCAUUUGGUGUUGUAUAUAAGAUGAUGAUGAUGAUUGAUGAUGAUGGGGUAUUAUUGAUGAUUGAUGAAGGAGGAGAAAGAUGACUUUUUUGAGACAAAUUUUGGUAAUGUUAUUGAUUCAUGUAAUUUGGGUGUUGAAAUGGUCAAUUUCAUUGUAAAAUAGCAAUUUUUAAUGAGUAAAAAUACAAGUUUGUUAUACAA